AUGACCACAAUACCCUCCCGACUCGCGCAGAUGACGCGCAUCUCAAGUAGCCGCACAGAAGCGCGCCUUCGAGUUAUUGACCUAUAUAGAGCAUGGGUCCGUGCUGCUCCUGAGAUUUGUACAAUCUAUGCGUUGAACGUCACUCCAACCUACCUGCGCCAAUCAAUUCGCCAGAAGUUUGAGCAGAACCGCCAUGUAACAGACCAGCGCGCCAUCGAGGUGUUACUGCUCAAGGGCCAGCAGGAAUUGCAGGAGACGUUGAACUGUUGGAAGCAGCCGGACCAUAUAUAUGGGAUUAUACUCCAAAAUAACCAACGGCCACACCGAACAUUCCUGCAGAAGUUCUAUGAGGGUCGUGACGAGGAUGCUGUUCUUCCCGCUGCAUCUGGCACUGUAUAGAACAUAGAUGAGAAUGAUCUUCAGUACCGCCUUCUCCUUUCGAAGCAUCGAUUGCGUAGAUUUACACGUCAGUGUUGGGUGGAUAAUGCACCUGCCAGUUGCGGCCAUUUUGCUGCCUGAAGUUUUCAGACCGAUCAGAAAACAUCCAACUGUUUCAGCCCACCUCCCGGUUUUAAAGUGUGACCUGCACCCCGGCGCCUACACACUUUGCAAGAGGGUAUACCGAGCAGUGAUUGUUCGGUGUAUCAACGGUGAU